GGCACAAUGGCCAAAGCAGACUGCAGCGUGCCUGCCCCACCCGGACGCUGAGCGCCUCCGACCGUGGAGCGCGCCGGCGCCGGGCCAUGUACUCGGGAAACCGCAGCGGUAGUCAGGGCUCCUGGGAGGGCGACGGGCCUGCGGGCGCCGAAGGGUCGGCGCCAGAGGGGACGCUGAGCCCCGCACCGCUCUUCAGCCCCGACACCUACGAGCGCCUGGCUCUCCUGCUCGGCUCGGUCGGGCUGCUGGGUGCCGGCAGCAACCUGCUAGUGCUUGUCCUCUACUACAAGUUCCAGCGGCUCCGUACACCCACUCACCUCUUCCUGGUCAACAUUAGCCUUGGGGACCUGCUGAUGUCCCUCUUCGGGGUCACCUUUACCUUCGUGUCCUGCCUAAGGAACCGCUGGGUGUGGGACACCGUGGGCUGCGUGUGGGACGGGUUCAGCAGCAGCCUCUUCGGCAUUGUUUCCAUUGCCACCCUAACUGUGCUGGCCUAUGAACGUUAUAUUCGUGUGGUCCAUGCCAGAGUGAUCAAUUUUUCCUGGGCCUGGAGGGCCAUUACCUACAUCUGGCUGUACUCAUUGGCAUGGGCAGGAGCACCUCUCCUGGGCUGGAACAGGUACAUCCUAGACAUCCAUGGACUAGGCUGCACUGUGGACUGGAAAUCCAAGGAUGCCAACGAUUCCUCCUUUGUGCUCUUCUUAUUUCUUGGCUGCUUGGUGGUGCCUGUGGGUGUCAUAGCCCACUGCUAUGGCCAUAUUCUGUAUUCCAUUCGAAUGCUUCGCUGUGUUGAAGAUCUUCAGACAAUCCAGGUGAUCAAGAUUUUAAAAUACGAAAAGAAAUUGGCCAAAAUGUGCUUCGUGAUGGUCUUCACCUUCCUGAUCUGCUGGAUGCCUUAUAUUGUGAUCUGUUUCUUAGUGGCUAAUGGUUAUGGACAACGGGUCACUCCAACAGUAUCUAUUGUUUCUAAUCUCUUUGCUAAAUCUAGCUCUGUAUACAAUCCAGUUAUUUAUAUCUGCAUGAUCAGAAAGUUUCGAAGAUCCCUUUUGCAGCUCCUGUGUUCCCGCCUGCUGAGGUGCCAGCAACCUGCUAAAGACCUACCAGCAGUUGGAAAUGAAAUGCAGAUCAGACCCAUUGUGGUGUCACAGAAAGAUGGGGAAAGGCCAAAGAAGAAAGUGACUUUUAACUCUUCUUCCAUUGUUUUUAUCAUCACCAGUGACGAAUCACUAUCAGUUGAUGACAGUAAUAGAACCAAUGGGUCCAAAGUUGAUGUAAUCCAAGUUCGUCCUUUAUAGAAAUGAUAGAUGGAGCCUUAGAUGGAACAGCACAUUUGGACUUACGAGGAUUGCUCUGGAAUUCCCAUUUUAUGUAAUAUCAACAGAAUUUCUGUGACACAGCAGGAAAUCUGAGUUACCCAUGUUCUCUGUCCUCAACAAGCAAGACAAAUUCUUUUAAUCAAUGGGUGCUUUACAUAAUGAAAAACCAUUCGUGGCACAAGAUGGGCAUCAGGCACCAUCAUCUUCUAAUGUGUUGGAAAUUUUCAUUUCAAAUGUAUUUUUGAAUAACUGUUUGCCAAAGGACAUAAUACAUUUUUUCUCAAAACUAUUUCAUUGUAAAAGUAAAUUUGUCUCGUGCAUAUGUAUGAAAUAGCUAGACCUUCUUGAAUUCUCAGUAGUGUUGGGUCCUAUUGAGUCAUGUUGUAUGACCAAAUUAAAUUUAUCAAAGGAAUAAUUCUAGGAUGAAAAUCAAUCCAAAACAAAAGACUGCUAUUACAUAUGUAGUAUGAUAAAGAAAAGCUUCAUACUAACAUGCUGCUGAGCAAGUUCCAGAAGAUACUACUAAGAAGCAUCACAGCAAAGAGAAUAAGAUGACUUCAAGGUAAUCAUAGUGUGUGGUUAAUUACGCAAUAUUAGAAAACAUACAUGGUGAAGAUGAUGUAGAUAACAAAGCAGUAUCUCCUCUAUUUCAUUUCAAGUGCGAGGGCAGGGUUAUCAUUUCCUUUUAAUACUUCCCCACAAUUUUGCCAAGGGAUCUGGAUUCAGAAAAGGAAUUCCAAAUAAGUAAACUAACUUACAGUUGAAUAGGGAUGAAAAUAAGUGUUUAAGUGUUGUUUAAGUGCCCAUCAGUCCGCUGGAUAACUGAUGGUCAGUGUUAGUGAAGAGGCCAUUUUUCUAUGGGCCAUUGUUUAGACUUUUAGGACACCGGAAUAUGUUACCUGUGGGUAGCAUAUGUCCCAUUUUGCAUAAAGAUUACUUUGACCUGAAGACAGUUGAGAAGUGAUAUAAGGAAAGCUCUCCCAGUGACUUCAGAAGCUGAGGCAGGAGGAUUACGAGUUCAAAGCCAGUCUCAGUAACUUAGCGAAACCCUAAGUAACUUAAUGAGACCCUGUCUCAAAAUAAAAAGGGCAGGGAUGUGACUCAGUGGUUAGGUACCCCUAUAUAAAUCCCUGUAAAGGAAGGGAGGAAGGAAGGAUGGAAGGAAGGAAGGAAGGAAGGAAGGAAGGAAGGAAGGAAGGAAGGAAGGAAGGAAGGAAGGAAGGAAGAAGGAAGGAAGAAAGAAAAGCUCUCUGGUCUCCUAUUUGCCUAAACUCGGGAUAUACAUUUACAAAGGCAUCCUUCUCUCCUCUAUGAGGAAGGACAAGGUCCAUCACCAGAAACAACUUAGACACUUACCAGCCUGAAGACAGCACCAGAAGAAUUUACAUAACAAACUCCCAUUUAUUAACUUUUAUACAUUUACUGCCCCUAGAGACUCAAAGUCCUUUUCUUUUGUCUUGUCACUUCUCUAGCAGUUUGCUGUUGUUUGUUGAAGAUGCUAUAGAAGCCAGGGAGUUCUAAGCCAACUCUUUGAGAUGUACUUAUUCUUUGGGCAUCUCCCAUGUAUAUAUGAGAUAUAUGUUAAUAAACUUCUGUUUGUGUUUGUUUUUCUCUUGUUAAUCUGUCUUUUGUUGUAGGGGCCCCAGACAAUGGACCUAAGAUAGGUAAAAGAAAAAUGUAUUACUUUCUUCCCCUACACACUAAACAUGGAUUAUUAGUGUGUCAAAGACUUGAGGAUGUCUUGACAAUAUAGAAAAUAAAUGCAGAAUUAUUUUAUUUUAUUGCUUAUUUUUUUAUUUCCUAGAUGACUCUCCUUUUAGUGUUACAUCUUUAUAAUUAAUCAUAUCUGAAGGACUUCUAAAUGGCUCAGUUGGCUUAUUUGAAGAAGGAAAAACCAAAGAAAACAUCUCAAUAAAUGCGUUUUUAAAAAAUCAAAUUCAUUGCUGGUUCUGUUGUAGUAUGUAGUUCAAGAACAAGUUACUAAACUG